AUGCCAGAUACCUAUACCCAAUUGACGAAUAAAAGGUCUUACAACAUAUCAGAAGCCAAACUAAAGAGAAUUUUGGAAUAUAACGAGCGAUUGAAGGAGCAGUUGGAAUUACCACGUAUCCCGGUCUCAGAGGCAUCUUCUAGUCUAGUGGAAUACUGUAAUGCAACUAGAGACCCUCUUAUUCCUUCAUUGUGGGGUCCAGUCAGUAAAGAAGAAGAUCCAUUUGCGCCGGCCGCAAGAGGAAAUAGGGGAAGCACAGGCUGCUGUGUUGUGAUGUAA